GUUUUGUUGCAGUUUUCUGCCUGGUCCGUCUGACGGCUGGUCCGUAUGAGAACGAAGGUCACGUGGAGGUGUACCACUCCGGGAGGUGGGGCGGGGUUUGUGAUGAUGACUGGGACAUCAAGGACGCAACGGUCGUCUGUCGGGAACUGGGGUAUCAGAGUGCAAGUGAGGCCUCGGUGUUUGCAAAGUACAGAAACAGUAGCGACGUGGCGACAUUCUAUUGGCUGGAUAAUGUUCAGUGCUCUGGGAAUGAGAGCACGCUCGCGUCUUGUCCCCGGAGUAACCAGUGGGGAAUGCACAACUGUAACCCAGUGGGAGAGAACGCAGGCGCAGUGUGCUCAAAUUGUGCCAGUGCCUCUUGUAACAGCAACGGAGCCUGUGUGACGUCACGUUCACCAGGCCCUGGUAACUUCACCUGCAGCUGCGCAGUGGGGUGGGCAGGAGAAUUCUGUCAAGAAGAUGUGGACGAGUGUGAACUAGGAGCCUGUCGCAACGGAGCAACCUGCACCAAUACGGGCGGGGGUUACACGUGUUCGUGUCCGGUCGGCUUCAGUGGUAUAAACUGCCAAACAAACUUAUGUGCCCCCAGCCCCUGUCAGCAUGACGGUAUGUGCGUCCCCGAGAGUCAAGGCUUCCGGUGUGUCUGUCAACAAGGCUGGGAGGGAACCCACUGUGGCACCGCGUCAGGUGUUGUAACCACCUGUACGAAGAACCUGAUGAAAAUAGCCAUCCCACGAGGCUAUGUUGGGGGUCUCCCGGCAGGGUAUCUACAGUUACGGGACCCGUCUUGUAACGCCACCGGCAAUGAUACCUUUGUAUUCAUCUCUACCCCACUCAGGGGCUGUGGGACUAGAAGGCUGGUUACCAGUGAUGACAUCAUCUACACCAACGUCAUCACCAACAGACGGGUUUACAUCCGGGGUAUCGCUACUAGGAUUCAAAGUGUUCGCAUCACCGUCCAGUGCCGGUACCCACGCGUGGUCCAGGCCAAGUUCAAGUACCAGCCGGACAGUCGCGUCAUCGAGUUCCGGGACAGUGGGACGGGCAGGUUGGGGUUCGAGAUGAGGCUCUACGCUACUUCCGCAUUCCGACGCGUGUACGACCAAGGAAUGUUUCCUAUUCGCGCUGUGUAG